CUUUGAACUUUGGCUGCGGACCGGUUCAUUUCCCCGCGGUGGAUACGCACGAUAGGUAGCACACGUCGGCGAAGUGUGGUUUAAAAUUGACUGCAAGCUCUUCCCAUCCCUCGAUACUGAAAGACCACUUGUUGCUCGGUUUCGCCAGUGAUUCUCACUUGCGAAGUCACGAGUUAUCGUUGACAAGUCCGGAAAUCGUCUUUAACACGAAAUACGCGCGACAAUCGGUACACACUGUUCCUCUUCAUCCAAUCUCCAAAACGCACGCAUUAAACGUCAAUUGACACUUCUCGGCGCGCAGACUGUUCUUGCAGGAAAAAAUCGGGCAUGAAGAAGGCGAUCCGCGAGGGGCCACUUUCACGAGACACGAGAGCCGCCCGACGGGGGUACACAUUGAGAAUUCAUGUUCACUGACUCGGUUUUUACGGCCGAUUAUCCACGAGAAAAGAGUUUUUCGACACGCACGGUCGCGUGUCAGCAUCCACGAUGGUUCUUGGCAAUGAUCGGAACAUUCGCGAGAAGAUCGCGUUACCACGACCGAGGGCAGAAUGAUGGCGAUCGUCCAAGUACACCGUGUCGCAGAGCCGCGUUAACUGUACGCACGCCGAGGUAGCGCGCAUUUUCGUGGGCGUGGAGCGGUGAAUUAAAACGGGAAAAUUAAGGACGAUUGACACUGAACCGCCGCACAUCGGGUCACGGCGGCCAUUGCGCGUCCCGAGGCACACGCACGCCGCCGCUCACACGAGACAGCGCCACCCCACUUCGCACGCUUCUCUACACGGUGUUCCGCCAGUUUCCUCCAUACUUUUCAAAAGUAUGCGUUUCAUCUACUUUAUAUUCGACAAAGCGUCCGACUUUACCGUUCGCAAUUGAGAUCCUAGGUUAAGAAAAAUGGCGGGAUAAAGAUAAUAUCUGGUCCGGUACCGAUAAUUCACAUGAGUAAAAGAAACGAUAACAUAUAAAAGCGUUACAAAUCUGACAAAUGUGUCAAUGGCCUACCACGAUAUGUACCACGAACCUAGGUAGGUACUGUGAAAAAGAAACACAAGUACCACAUACCAGUCUGUGAUUUAUAUAUUAUAGGUCUAUAAAUUUCAUGCGCAUUCGUAGAAAUUGGUAGAACAACGCGAUUUUUAUAAAAGUGAUGAAAAACAAAAGUAUGAUGUUGCAGGUCGUUUACCUAACAGCAAGUAAUAUGAGUAUAAAAGGACGGUCGAGUCGUGGCAGACGACUAUUUCGUUAAAAUACCUCAGGAUGCAGCCGCGAACAUUCUGCUUUAUUACCGUUUUCGUCGGUUACACCGUGUUUGUAUACUCCGCUCUCGGUACACCGGUCGCGGUCACAGAGGCAGCUACGUCGGAAGAACAAAAGAUUCUCCUCGAUUGUCAGCACUCGGAUUACAGAACCUACAUAAAAUGCCUGCGGAGGCAAAAGAGACAUCACCUCGUAUCUGGGGAUUUCGAUCAUAAUUGUUUGGAGUCGUGCGUGAAGAAAUGCCAGACAGAAUACGUGACAGAUUCAUGCGAAAAGAAAUGUGGUCACUGUUUGAAGAAAACAAAGCAUAAGCUUCAAAUAAUCACAGAAUACGAAAACGAGUGCAUUUCUGGAAAUUGCAACGAAACUAGUAAAAAUAGCGAUCAUUCAGGAAAUAAUAACUUCACCACAAAUAUCGAAAUCCAUAAUGUUAUUGGCAACGGAAGUGGAACGUGUUGUCCUACGUGUCGACCACCAGUUCCGUGUAAUUAUGAGCCCCAGUGUCCUCCACACAUAUGUCCUCCGUAUUGGAAUCCUCCUCGACCUUAUCCGCAGAUUAUAGCACAACGUCCUGUAGGAUUAGUCUUUCUACUGACGUUUGGAUGUCAAUAUACUCAUCAAUGGCCUUGCACCGAUGAAUAUAUAAGAAAUCCAAUAGGGCCAAUUGAUUGUUCGGGUUGUUUAUAUCCACAGACCCAGAUUGGAUGCGACGUGACUUGUUAUAAUGUAGGGAUACAUAAGCAGUAUGGCGGUGGUGGCAUAAGUGGUACCCUCGGAUAAUAAGCAUAAAAAGUUUAAUAGCAUGUUAUUACGGAGCUAUAACAGCUAUAAAAGUAGAAACAUAGAAACCAAAAUAUAAUACUUAUAAUAUAAUUACAUUAAUUUAUGGUUUCUGUACUUUAAUUUAGACAUUACAAUAAAUAAAGAAUUUCUUUGUCAAAA